CAGUGGUAGCAGCGGGCGCGGCUGCCAGUUCAAACGUCGAUGUCCGUGAGUGAGAGAGUGAGUGUGAGAGUGUACCGCAUUCACGCGUGUGACUGCAGCGAGCCUAACCGCUACUUCCUCUCUAUAUAUAUGUGUGAGGGCGGUAACACGCCGAGGUAUCGCUGGCGGGGAUCGUAGCAUCGUCCACCGACUCUGACCGAGUAUAAAGUUAUAUACGAGUUACAACUGCGUUCGUCAUCAGAAGCGUGUGUAAGGGGCGGUGUUGUUCUACGCAGGGCGGUCUACAGCAGCAGCCGACACAGGGGCUGAGGAAGGCGGAUACACAUCUAUAAACCUACUACGCAUGAACGCGAGUAGAUACAGUUAAUUUCAUCAACACCGGUUAGACAUCGAAGACACGUACGUAUGUUACUAUAUGUAUGUAUAAACUCGGAUAUAUCUCCAGGAAUGGUCAUACAUCGAAAUACGCGUGUGUAUUGACUGACGUUGGUCGCACAGGCUGGUUCGGAUAACUACGGCUUGCUGUGGUAAUCGUCUUCUUGCUCCGACCAUCGUCGCCAUCAUCCCAGCAACCGCCCGAUGUCACCAACGUCGACUCUCGUGCACGCGUGAUUAGUAUCCGCGUGCGUGCGUGCGUGCGUGCGUGCGUGCGUGCGUGCGUGUGAAGCACACACACGCGCAUCUGUGCUAGGAGGCGGUGUGGGACAUGGCCGGACGCGCGCCGGACGGUUGCAGCAUUCACGGAGUAUCCACGACAACGAACCAAAGGAAGCAGGAAGCCAUACUGUAGCCGCUCGCAGCGACGAUGGCUAGGGAGCUAGGAAGCUGCCUGCUCCUGAUCCUCAUGACUGGAGCAGCAGUGAGUCAAGACUUUAAGACGGCGGCGGUGUGUGAGGGAUCGACGCAGAUCAUCGCCUGCUGGAGCGAUGAGAUGAUGCUGGUGGAGCAUGCGUACUACGACGCCAUCAUCCGUCCUGGCAACGCCUGCCACAGCAACCAGGGAAGCAGUAAUUGUGUGAACGACAUCACGGAGCCGGUGCGUAAGAAGUGCUCGGGCUACGCUAGCUGUGUACUGAAGCUGCCCAGCCUACCCUUCCCCAACACGUGCGGACCCUAGGAGUAUUGACAGGACGUGCGCACACACGACCCUCUCACGCAAGCUGAACUAUGUUCAGAGUGCCGGCUACCCCAUCAGAUACAGACCCAACUCUGACUGCAAGUGGGUGGUGAGGAACGCGCAGGAAGAGCGCAUGCGCGUGACCCUGUAUGACCUUCAUCUGGAGACCAAGGACACGUCCAACCAGUGCCAGGACUAUGUCAAGAUUGAGAAAAAGGACAGCCGUGACCAGGUGAUGCUGUGUGGAGCGCACAAGCACUUCAUCGUCGAGACUAAAGCCAAAGACGUGGAGAUCGCCUUCCACUCUGACAGAGAGGGGACGUACGGCCGCGGUUUCUUCCUAGGAGUGGAGGUUGGCGUGCGAGAGUCUGUGAUUCCGCUGUGGCUGCGGAAUGGAGACGGAGGCUGGGUGACGUGGAACGGGGCCACAGACGAUCACAGGACAGCAGGACUAGGAGGCCAUCUGAUUGCGGUCAUCAUUCUGGUACCUCUCUUCAUCAUACUGCUAUGUAUCUGCUGCAUAUGUCUACUCUGCUGCUACAAAAAGCGGAGGGAACGCAAGAAGAAGUCACCGCAGGAGAAGGAUAAUGAGAAGGAAGACGAUGACACUGGCGAGAAGAAACUUCCCACCAGCCAAGAUGAGUUCUCACCGAGAGACAAUGACGGAGACGAGCCUCGUGGUCCUGACCAUGGCACAGACGGGGAGCCCACCAUGAGGAAGAAGAAACCCAGGGGUCAUCCACCUGAUGGUGAGGAGCCAGGGAGAGGAAGGAGAAGCGCGCCAUCAGCACCCCCUGACGACCAGUAUCCCCAAGAUCCCCAUCGCGUGUCGGAAUCGCCGCGGGGCCAGCGUCCGCCCGUGAUGAGACCCGGAUUCCGUCUUCCUCCCGGAUACCCGCACGACCCUGAUCCCCGGGGACGACCUCUCGACCCCGAUGACAGACCGCAGGAGCAGACGCCUCGCGGUGACCUUCCCCGCCGCCGUCCUCCGCACGACGACGACGGCGAACCCACGUCGCCCGACCAGGAGGCGCCACCGGCGUACGACCUCGCGACCCCGCCUGCCGGCUACCCCGGGGGUCCCGUGUUCCCGGGGAGAGGCCCCGACCACGCCCCCGUCAAGUCCCCGCGAGAGAGACUCCCAGAGUACGACCUGGGUACCCCGCCCGCCGGCUACCCCGGGGGUCCUACCUACCCCGGGGGUCCCUGGCAACCAGAGAGGGACGCGCCGCAGGGUCAGGCACCCGUGAAGUCUCCUCGGGAGCGGCUGCCUGAGUACGAUCUCGCGACCCCGCCCGCGGGAUACCCCGGGGGUCCCGGCUAUCCCGGCGGUGACCCCCCGCGAGGUCACGACCCCAUCCGCUCCCCGCGCGAGAACGUGCCGGCGUACGACCUCGCGACCCCGCCCGCGGGAUACCCCGGGGGUCCCGGCUACCUGGAGCCUCCGUCGCAGUUCCCGUGGCCGGCAGGGGAGCCGGGGACGCACCGGGAACCCCUGAAGGAGGAGCCACGCGAUCCGAAAAGGUACCCGGACAGUCCGGACCCGUUUGCGGACGAACGCGGGCCGCCGCACCGCGCUCCGCACCACCGCCGCUCGCCGCGCACCCCGACCCCGCCCGUCUCGCCCAAGAUGCGGUACCGCGCGCGGCCCCCGCCCGGCGGCCCCUUCUACGACAACCCGCUCUUCCCGGGGGAGUCGCUGCCAGACGAGAUCCCGCCGCGCUUCCUGAGCGGGCCGCCGCAGACGAGUCGCUCGGAGCCGGACCUCCUGGACGACGACAGCGGACCGAACAUCUGGAGCUGCGGGAGCCAGUGCUUCUCCUUCCCGGACAACCUCGAUGACGCGGGACGCGGCGACGACGACGACGGUCACUUCACGCCGGGAGGUCACUCCCACGGUAGACCGAGCGGUCACUCGCACGGUAGACCUAGCGGUCAUUCCCAUGGCCGCCCUAGUGGUCACUCGCACGCCAGGCCGGGCCACACCCGGUCGCUGCCACGGGAGAGCACGGAGCUGAGCCACCGAGGCGUGGACCCGAUCCCGUCAUUCAGCGGCGGCCCCGCGCGGCAAGGCAGGAAGGACACGGAGGUGUGA